AUGGAAACUGACGCUGAGAAAAAUAUUCAAAUUUGGAAGGUCAAAAAAUUGAUCAGGUCGCUCGAGAAAGCCAGAGGUAACGGUACUUCGAUGAUCUCGUUGGUGAUACCACCCAAGGGCCAAAUCUCACUUAUUCAAAAGAUGUUGACCGAUGAAUACGGUACCGCGUCUAACAUCAAAUCGAGAGUCAACCGUUUGUCCGUGUUGGGUGCGAUCACAUCUACACAGCAGAAAUUGAAACUCUACACGAAGGUCCCUCCAAACGGGCUGGUGCUGUACUGUGGUGAUAUUAUAACGGAAGAAGGUAAAGAGAAGAAAGUGACCAUCGAUAUCGAGCCUUACAAACCGAUCAAUACCUCGCUGUAUCUGUGCGACAACAAAUUCCACACAGAAGUACUGUCUGAGUUGUUGGAAGCGGAUGACAAGUUCGGCUUUAUCGUGAUGGACGGUCAGGGCUCGCUUUUCGGGCUUUUGAGCGGUAACACCAGAACCGUGCUUCACAAGUUUACCGUGGAUCUGCCUAAGAAGCACGGAAGAGGUGGUCAGUCUGCGGUGCGUUUCGCCCGUCUUAGAGAGGAAAAAAGACACAAUUAUGUGCGGAAAGUCGCCGAAGUUGCGGUGCAAAAUUUCAUUACAAACGACAAGAUUAACGUCAAAGGUUUGAUUUUGGCCGGUUCCGCGGAUUUCAAGAGUGAUUUGGCCAAGUCCGAGCUUUUUGACCCCAGACUCGCUACAAAAGUGGUCAAAAUCGUCGAUAUUUCGUAUGGUGGAGAAAAUGGGUUUAACCAGGCAAUUGAACUUUCUGCUGAGGCCCUAGCAAACGUCAAGUUCAUUCAAGAAAAGAAGCUGAUCACGCAAUAUUUCGACGAAAUAUCGCAAGAUACCGGUAAAUUCUGUUAUAGUAUUGACGAUACGCUGAAAGCGCUCGAUUUAGGGGCUGUGGAGAUCCUGAUCGUUUUCGAAAACUUAGAAACCGUCAGAUACGUUUUUAAGGACUCUGAGGAUAAAGAGGUGUUGAGGUUUGCACAGCCUGAACAAACAGAUAAAGCAUACGCCAUGGACAAAGCGACGGGUCAGGAAAUGGAACUUGUCGAGGAACAACCUUUGGUGGAGUGGCUUGCAGAAAACUAUAAGAAUUACGGUGCUAGAUUGGAAUUUGUUACGGAUAAAUCGUCCGAAGGUGCUCAAUUUGUCACCGGUUUCGGUGGUAUUGGUGCUUUGCUCCGUUAUAAAGUCAAUUUUGAACAACUAGUAGACGAGUCGGAAGAUGAAUAUUAUGACGAAGAUGAAAUCUCCGACUACGAUUUCAUUUGA